AUUACACUGCAUGCCAGCAAUGGUGCUGUUCACAGGUAAAGGGGAUUUAUCUGUUGAGCAUCACGAUGGAUCCUAUAUGUAAGACAACCAGAAAAAUGUAGAAAGAAAAUAAGGAUCAUUGUCGCUCCGUGAAACAGGGAGGAGAUCUCUCUGAUUGGGACGGCGCCCUCCCUGGCACUCCACCUCACAAUGUCAAAGAAGGGAGCCAGCAGCAGAGCUAAGGGAGACAAAGCAGAUGCCCUCGCCUCCUUACAAACUGCCAAUGAAGACCUAAGAGCAAAACUCACCGAAAUCCAAAUUGAACUCCAACAGGAAAAGAGUAAGGUCAGCAAAUUAGAAAGAGAAAAAAAUCAAGAGAUCAAGCAAAUCAAAGAACAACAACAGCAUAAAAAUAUUGUUCUGGUUACUGAGCUAAAAGCCAAGCUGCAUGAGGAAAAGAUGAAGGAACUUCAGUCUGUGCGGGAAGCCAUGCUGAGGCAGCAUGAGUUGGAACUGUUUCGGGUUAUUAAAAUUAAAGACAAUGAGAAUCACAGAUUGCAAGCCAUAGUUAAUGUGUUACGUGAUGGGGCCCCGGAAAAAGUCAAAACUGUUCUUUAUUCCGAGGCAAAAGAAGAAGCCAAGAAAACGUUUGAGUUUGAGAAAAUCAAAAUGCAACAAGAGAUUUUUGAACUGAAAGGAGCCAAGAGACAAGCGGAGGAGGCCUUGACUGUGGUCAUGCAGGCCGAUAAAACGAAAGCAGCAGAAAUAAGGAGCAUCUACCACCUGCACCAGGAGGAAAUUUCCAAAAUUAAUCGGGAAUGUGAAAGAGAAAUUCGUAGACUGAUGGAUGAACUUAAAUUAAAAGACAGAACAGUUUACUUGCUGGAAAAAGAGUUAGGGGUGCAAGCCGGGCAUGCUCAAAGACUUCAACUCCUAAAGGAGGCCUUAGAUCAACAGCUUGUCCAGCUCAAAGAGUCUGACCGCCAUCUGAGCAGCCCGAAACGGGAGUUUCCCAUUGCAAGUGGUGCAGGAGAAACUUCAGAUCAUUCUGGAAGCCCUGAACAGCAGUGGGAUGAAAAGGAUGUUCGUCGGUUUCAACUAAAAAUUGCUGAAUUAAGUGCAAUUAUCCGGAAACUGGAAGACCGGAAUGCGUUACUGUCAGAAGAGAGAAAUGAGCUAUUAAAACGUCUAAGAGAUGCAGAAAGUCAAUAUAAACCCAUUCUGGACAAAAACAAGCGACUUAGCCGUAAAAAUGAAGAAAUGUCCCAUUCGUUGCGGAGAAUGGAGAACAAGCUGAAGUUUUUAACACAAGAAAACAUAGAAAUGAGACAAAAAGCUGGUAUUAUAAGGAGGCCGAGCUCCUUGAAUGAUCUAGACCAAAGUAGAGAAGAGAGAGAAGUUGACUUUUUGAAGCUGCAGUUGAAUGAACAGCAACUCUUCAUUGAUGAACUUUGUAAGACUCUGGAAACUGCCGGCUAUGUGAAGAGCGUCUUGGACCGUGAAAAGCUUUUAAAGUUUAGAAAGCAAAGAAAGAAAAUGGCAAAACUCCCCAAGCCAGUCGUGGAGACCUUUUUUGGAUAUGACGAGGAAGCUUCACUAGAUUCAGACGGUUCUUCAAUCUCCUACCAAACAGACAGAACAGAUCGGACGCCGUGCACUCCCGAUGAGGAUGUGGAAGAGGGAAUGGCCAAAGAAGAGACGGAGCUCAGAUUCCGCCAGCUGACCAUGGAAUAUCAGGCCUUGCAACGUGCAUACGCUCUUCUGCAGGAACAAGUUGGGGGAACCCUAGAUGCAGAGCGAGAAGUCAAGACCCGAGAGCAGCUACAGGCAGAUAUUUAUCAGUAUCAGAGGAGAAUAGAGGACCUGGAAAAAGCAAUGUCUGAGCAGGGCCAGGACAUGAAGUGGAUUGAGGAAAAGCAGGGGCUGUACAGGAGAAAUCAGGAACUUGUAGACAAAAUCAAACAAAUGGAAACAGAUGAGGCCAAGCUCAAACAUGACAUUCAAGAUGUGAAGGAUCAGAACGAGCUCUUGGAAUUUAGGAUAUUGGAGCUUGAAGAAAGGGAGAGGAGAUCCCCUGCCAUCAAUUUCCAUCACAUCCCUUUUACAGAAGGAAAUAGCCCGUUGCAGGUUUAUUGUGAAGCAGAAGGAGUUACUGAUAUCAUUGUUUUGGAGCUGAUGAAAAAACUGGACAUCCUAGGGGAUAACGCCAACCUGACGAAUGAGGAACAAGUGAUUGUCAUCCAAGCAAGAACAGUCUUGAAUUUAGCAGAAAAGUGGCUCCAGCAGAUUGAGGUGACUGAGUCUGCUCUGCAGCAAAAGAUGGUGGACAUUGAAAGUGAGAAAGAUCUGUUCACCAAGCAGAAAGGAUAUUUGGAUGAUGAACUGGACUUCCGUAAACAAUCACUGGACCGAGCUCACAAACAAAUCCUUGAGCUGGAGGCCAUGUUAUUUGAUACCCUGCAACAGGAGGCAGGGGCCAAGAUGGCUCAGCUGCUUUCAGAAGAGGAACGAGAGGAGCUCAAGAGCGCAGUGGAGCAGUGGAAACGGCAGGUCAUGAGUGAGCUGCGAGAAAGGGACGCCCAGAUCUUGCGCGAGAGGAUGGACGUUAUCCAGCACGCCCAGCAGAGAAUAAAGGAACUAGAAGAAAGAAUAGAAUUUCAAAAGAGGCAAAUUAAAGAAUUGGAAGAAAAGUUCUUAUUUUUGUUUUUAUUCUUCUCGUUGGCAUUUAUACUUUGGUCCUAGAUCAUCUGCACGUCAAGCAUCUCAGAAAAAGUCACAAGAACUAUGACGCAACUAGAAACAGGGCACAAAGACUCGAACAAGGCCCCGAAUUAUUUCUACACACUUUGUUUUUCUAUUUUUGACUUCCGCUGGAGAGGUGCUGUGCUGAAUUUUUGCUAUGGAUUUUAGAAACUUAAACUUUUACUAAAAAAAAAAUCAAAUAAUUAAAAACUUUGCAUAAAUACCUUUUAUUUAAUCAGGCCAAGUGGAAUCCAUAUACUUUUCCUGCUGAGCAGGCAGCAAAUUGCUUCUAUGAAGAAUCUCCAUCAAACACUUGGAGUCUUGUGCACAAAAGUGAACGCAAUGCGGUGCCCUUGAGUGUGAUGAUCAUGGAACGAUUGGAGAAAUGUUGUCUGCACCCGCCAAUGACUACUGGUUAUGCUCAAAUUCCUACAAAAAUUCCAGCGAGUCUCAUUUUUUUUUCCAGUGGAAAAAUGAUUUCUAAAACAGGAGCUUUUAUAAAUGACAUUCAUCCGUAAUAAAAUCAAGGCGGUUCUUGCUGGACAUUUGGAGACAAACUAAGAUGGCAGCUGUAACAGAACAAGUAAGAGAAAGCACAAGAGUCUCCCUAUUUCAUCUAUUCUGACAAACCAAAACUGGACAGAAAAUCUCAAGGGAGCACUUACAGUAUCUGAAAUUCUACCAAAAAUUUAGACGAAGUGCCAAACUUUCCAAAUAGAACAUUCGCUUUCCCAAGGGAAACUAAGGCACCUUCACAAAUUUGGUUUUUCUUGGUUCAUUCAUCAUAUAAGAAACUUCAGUAAAUGAAACGAAAGAAGAACUGGGCCAAUGCUGGACUGACUCGGUCAUGCCAAGAUUUCCACACUGCGAAUCACAUAUAUUUUAGUUAUUUGAAUUUGCACCAUUGUUAUCUAAAUUGAUUGCAAUUUUUUGUACUUUAUUGUAUGGGAUGUUUCCCUGCGCCAUAGACAGGAAGUACAGGAAAUAUUUGAGAGACACAUGUCAUCCUUGGAUGGGUCUACUGGAAAACAGUAUUUAUAUUCCAGUCUCUUAUUCAAAUCAAUGCAUGGUUGUUAGGAUAAUUUGGACCCUAGCAGUCAG